AUGUGUUGCAUAAUCCCAAUCUUGGCUGCGCUCGUAGCUUUCACUCCGCCGGCGAUCUACUGCUUCCUGUCGCAGAACUGCGGCGACCUUGUCGACGAUUUAGCUGUGGGUAAGUACAUCGUAACAGCCGAUUCUUGCCGGAGUUUGUGGAAGAGGGUGGCUCUCGUGCUUGCACCGCCGUUGCUGGUUCUACUUCUGAGAUGCUGCUGCUCCGGCGGCGCCAGCUCCGUGAGAAGGCAGCCGCCGCGGAGGCAGCAGAAACCCCAUUGA